AAAACACCAAAAACAGAAAGCUUUAUUAUAAAAGGCAAGCCAAUAGAUCACACAAAUAAAUUUGGGGGAAAAAAAGAGAAUUUUUUUUUCUUUUUUCAUUCAAUUUCUUUAAAAGUUCUCUUUUUUAAUCCCCAAAUUUCCAAAAUUCAUCUACAAAUCCCACAAAAGGUGUCACCUUUGAUCAUUUCCAAAUCAGAAAAAGUCUUCACUUUUGAUCCUUUCUCUUCUUCUUCCUAUUUAUAUUCCGGAAUUGGAUGGUUAUUCCUCUCAAAAUCGGAAUAAGAAUCGAGUAGGAUAAGGAUGGGAUCAUGCUGUUCAAGCCCAGCAAGCGGCUCCAAUGGCGGGAAAACCGCCGGCGUGAGGGAGAAGGGGCAGCGGAGAAGGUUGGCCUCGGCGGUGCCGUGCGGGAAGAGGACCGAUUUCGGCUAUGAUAAGGAUUUUGAGAGCCGCUACGCUGUUGGGAAGCUUCUAGGGCAUGGCCAAUUUGGGUAUACAUUUGUCGCCACUGAUAAAAGCAAUGGUGAUCGUGUUGCUGUGAAGAGGAUCGACAAGAGCAAGAUGCUUCUUCCAAUUGCUGUGGAUGAUGUUAGAAGAGAAGUGAAGAUAUUGCAAGCCCUUCAAGGCCAUGAAAAUGUUGUUCAUUUCUACAAUGCAUUUGAAGAUGAUUCAUUUGUUUAUAUUGUCAUGGAAUUAUGUGAAGGUGGAGAACUAUUGGAUCGAAUAUUAGCUAAAAAGGAUAGCAGAUACAGUGAGAAAGAUGCAGCAAUUGUCGUAAGACAAAUGCUCAAAGUUGCAGCUGAGUGUCAUUUGCAUGGUUUGGUACAUCGAGACAUGAAACCGGAGAAUUUUCUCUUCAAAUCGACCAAAGAGGACUCGCCUCUUAAAGCGACAGACUUUGGCCUCUCAGAUUUUAUAAAGCCAGACAAGAAAUUCAACGACAUUGUCGGCAGUGCUUAUUAUGUAGCUCCAGAAGUGCUAAAGCGAAAAUCUGGGCCGGAGUCAGAUGUUUGGAGUAUAGGUGUCAUUACUUACAUUCUUCUUUGUGGAAGACGGCCGUUUUGGGACAAAACCGAAGAUGGAAUAUUCAAGGAGGUCCUAAGAAACAAGCCUGAUUUUCGGCGUAAGCCCUGGCCGACCAUAAGCGUUAGUGCCAAGGAUUUCGUUCAAAAGUUGCUUGUCAAAGAUCCUCGAGUGAGAUUAACUGCUGCUCAAGCUUUAUCACAUCGAUGGGUGAGGGAAGGCGGAGAUGCAUCAGAGAUACCCAUUGAUAUAUCUGUUUUAUCGAACAUGCGGCAAUUUGUGAAGUACAGCCGUUUCAAACAGUUUGCUCUUCGAGCAUUGGCAAGUACACUAGACGAUGAGGAGUUGGCUGACCUCCGUGAUCAGUUCGAUGCAAUUGAUGUAGAUAAAAAUGGCUUGAUUAGUCUCGACGAAAUGAGACAUGCACUCGCGAAAGACCUUCCUUGGAGAAUGAAAGAACCCCGGGUUGUCGAGAUUCUUCAAGCGAUCGACAGCAACACAGACGGGUUGGUGGAUUUUUCUGAGUUCGUCGCAGCAACAUUACAUGUUCAUCAGUUGCAGGAACAUGACAAGUGGAACACUCGUUCUCAAACAGCUUUUGAGAAAUUUGAUGUCGAUAAAGAUGGAUACAUCACACCUGAGGAACUCAGAAUGCACACAGGUUUAAAAGGUUCGAUCAUCCCGCUUCUCGAAGAAGCCGACAUUGAUAAGGAUGGCAAGAUAAGCUUGUCCGAGUUUCGUAGACUCCUAAGAACUGCAAGCAUGAGCAAUCUUCCAAGCCCGGCCGCACGAAAUCCUCAAAACCUAUAGAUUUAAGCAAUGAUACUCAACAUAGAUCAACACCACAUACAUACAUACCAAAAAAUCGAUGCAAUCAUUGUGAGCUGAGUUUAUAGAUGAAAAUUUAGGGCGACAAGUGAUGCACCAAGUGUUGUUCCAUGCAACAACUCAUGAUGAGCUAGCUCUUUGUACAUCCCUUACACACCAUAACAUGAAGAAAGGUUUUCUUCUCACAUUUUCAGUGAGCACAAUCAUGUAACAGAGUAGUGGCCGGUGAGUCGAAAAAAUAGUUUCAUGUAUUGUUUUUGAGAUGUUUAUAAAUUAAGAGGCUGACAACAAAUACGGUGGAACAAAUGUUUUUUUUUAUUGUGAGGAAAGAUGAAUUCUCAUGACUAAGAAAGAUACAACAUGGAAAAAUUGCAAUGAUGCAGUUGAAUAGUAUUAAAUCAAUUACAGCAAACUGGUAGUUCUUCAAGGACAAAAAAAAAA